AUGUCACCUGAUGAAUGGACAACUGAAUUCGGUUUAAAGCGCCCAAUUCUUGGCACUGUCAGCAUCAUUUAUGGAUCAUUAAUGGAUAUUAUUACCAUUCCAUGCCUUCUUGUAAUUCUUGACCAUGAUCUAUUCCAAAUGUCUUGCUACAAAAUAAUGUUUGUUGUUGGUGUUGUUGACAUGCUAGAGAUCGCUAUGAAUUCCAUAUUCACUGGAUUUCUAGCGAUCGAAGGCGCCGUAUUCUGUACUCAUCCCGUUUUCAUUUAUUUUUUGGGCCUUUGGGGUCUCGGACUAUGGUGUUGUUCGUGUCUUUUAAACAUCUUGCUGUUGGUUAAUAGAACCUUGAAUUUUGCCAAUUCCAAGUUAAGCGACUACUUUUUCGAUGGAUAUCGGACAUACGUUUUUAUCGUGAUUCCCAUAGUAUAUGGUCUAUAUUUUGUUUUUUUUACGCCAACUUGCGUAUUUUCAUCCAGAUAUUAUGCCUGGUUUUACGACCCAUUCAUUUUUCCAAAUAUGACUUCAGAGUAUACUAAUGUGCCACAUGGUGUCAACAAUGUGAUGAUAAUCAUUGGAACUUCGACUUUCUAUGCUUACAUUUGUAUUCUUUUAUAUAAAGCCCGUAAAACAGGAAGUUUUUCAAGUAUGACUACUCAGGCAAAUCAAAUAAAUCAAAUCAAUCAGUUGUGAUUUGCUUCAUCAAUCAGAUUUUUGCAAGUAUCUACGUUGUAAUGAACUUUGUCAUGGUUCCAGAAUGGAUGAUAGUUCUGGCACAACUACUUUGGCAGUUAGAUCACGGAAUGCCAGUUAUUAUAUACCUAACCAUAAACGCUACGAUGAGAUCACGGUUUUUGAAAAAAGUAUGGAUUAAAAAGAAAAACAACGCUACUGCUCCCGUCAUGUUGUUUUAAGC